AUGGCUUCAACAUCCUCGCCUCAUCAUCCUACUGCCGAGACGGUAGUUCUCUCCGAAGCUCUCGAUUCCAGCAACAAGCCUAUCAUCGCUGUGGAUAUCGAUGAAGUGCUCACCCCUUUUGUUCCGUUACUUAUUGAAUUUUAUAACAAACAUCAUUUAUUGGAGGGACAACAACCGCUGCACAUGAAAAUGUUUCAUUCAUAUCAUUUCCGAGAUGUGUGGGAUGGUAGUGAAGAACGAUCCAAACAAAUUGUCGAUGAAUUUCUUCAAAGUGAAUUGUUUUUAGGACAAUCAAUUUUGGAAGAGAAUGCUUUUGAUGUACUCCAAAAAUUAUCUGCAAAAUACAAACUUGUCAUUGUUACAUCUCGACAACACAAACUAAAGGAACAAACACAAUUAUUUCUACAGAAAUAUUUCCCUAAUACUUUUGCUGAAAUUUUAAUGGGAAAUCACUAUGGAGAAACGGGACAAACUCAAAUGACCAAACCUGAAAUGUGUCGCCAAUUGAAUGCUGUAUUAUUGAUUGAUGACUCUCUCAAAUAUUGUCAACAAUGUGUUGAUGAGAAAAUUCCUGCAAUUUUAUUUGGAAAUUAUGCCUGGAAUGUAAAUCGGGAACCCUUAGAUUCCCAUUGGAUUGUUCGAGUGGAUGGAUGGUCUCAAGUUGAGCAAGCUGUGGAUAUGAUGCUUAAACAACAUAACCAUAUUUGA